AUGGCCUCUUCGUUUCCUCAAUUCUCGCUCCUUCCCGCCGAGCUUCGUUUCCAGAUAUGGAGGCUGGCUCUUCUCCCACCUCCAAAAAUCUCAACCAUCACCCUCUCCUACACCCGAUGGGAUCCACUUGACAGUCAAGCCUACGAUGGGCCAAGUUUCGAAGUCGUCCAAGGAAAUCUGUGGUAUUUUGCAUUCGCACCAUGUCAAUCCUUGCCACCUAUCCUGUUCACAACUCGAGAGGCAUUCAUCGUCGGUCAACGUUACUACCACAUUGCCCGCCAAAUCGGCCAUGAGAUCGUCGACAAUACCGUCAUCACGGACUUGACAACAGUCGACAAAGAGAUCAUCGUCGAAGAUUACAGCAGCUCCAUGCCAAUAAUAAUCCGGAAAGAAAGAGCGAUCCCUCACUCAAUUAACGACCUUGUCCACGUGACGAUCAACCCAAAAGUCACUAUCGAGAACGAUCUCCCUCUCUCCUAUCACGCAAUAUCGGACCUCCAUCCAUUGACCUUUCAGGGGAUUAAGUAUUUAGUCAUGGAUGCUAUGGAGUUCCACAAUCGGAUGUACGUUAUGAACUCGAAUUCACUCGUGUUCUCUGGUCUCGAGGUGCUGUUUCUUGUAAUGGGACGGUAUGAUGGAAUUCGUGAUGGGGGGUGGGAGAUUCCUAACGUUGGGGCUAUUGAUAUGUGGGAAUUUUUGAAGCAGUGGGAGAGGGUGGAUCUCGAGGCUGGGACGGCAAAGUGGAGGGUUGGGGAGGUGGUGUUUGUGAGGAGUGUUGAGGAUGCGUUGGAGGGCCUUACACGGAGAGGUGUUUGA